UAACCUCUCUAAGCUGCGCCAUCUUGACCAGCAGGAACAAACAGGUACUCUACAUCAGGAGCGGCUCACCGCGGUCGAACAGCCGUUGACCUUCCGUCCUCCAACUCGCCGUGGAAACAUGGCUCUGAGCCGCCUGGAAAAGGCUCAGGCGUGGCUCUUCAGGGCUGUCACGUCCUUCUUCUUCGUGAUUUUCCAGCUCCUCUCCAGCCCCGCUGCCUCCGCGAGGAAGUUGCCGCCCGUCAGCAACCCGCUGCUGCUCCAGUCAGCGACGCAGCUCGCCAAGAAGAUCCGGAGGAAAGAGGUAUCCAGUGUGGAGGUGGUGCAGGCUUACAUCGACAGGAUCCAGGAAGUUAACCCUUUUGUGAAUGCUGUUGUAAAAGACAGGUUCGCGGCUGCCCUCCAGGAGGCGGCCCAGGUUGAUAAGCUCAUAGAGGAGGAGACGGGAGGAGAAGACGUUCUGGAGGACAGACUUCCUCUUCUGGGCGUCCCACUGUCCGUCAAGGAGUCCUACUCCCUGCAGGGCAUGCCCUUAUCCACAGGGUUGGUAUCCAGACGGGGGGUCGUUGCCUCCGUCGACGCUCCCCCUGUGGCGCUGCUAAAGAGAGCCGGCGCCGUCCCUCUGGGCGUCACCAACACCAGCGAGCUGUGCAUGUGGCUGGAGUCCCACAACCACCUGUACGGGAUGACGUGCAACCCGUACGACCUGGAGAGGAUAGCGGGAGGGAGCUCAGGAGGGGAGGGCAGCAUUCUGGGAGCAGCAGGAGCGGUCAUCGGCGUGGGCUCAGACAUCGGCGGCAGCAUCCGCAUCCCUUGUUUCUUCAAUGGUGUAUUCGGCCACAAAACCACUCCAGGUGUGGUGUCCUGUGAGAACCAGUACCCUCCCACCUCUGGCACACAGCACGAGUACCUCAGCUCUGGGCCCAUGUGCCGCUACGCUGAAGACCUGCUGCCCUUGCUCAAGAUCAUGGCAGGACCCAACGCUCACAAGCUGUCCUUAAACGCAGAUGUGGACCUGAAGAAGCUGCGGUUCUUCUCCAUCCCUCACGACGGCGGCUCACUCUACACGUACCCCGUCAGCAAGGAGCUGCUGGACGCUCAGGAGAAGGUGGUGAAGCGUCUGGAGGCUGACCUCGGGGUCAAAGUGCAGGAGGUGUGCUUUCCUGAGCUGCGCUACGGCUUCCAGAUCUGGGACACAUACAUGGGUCUGCCUGAUGAAGAAGGCAAGCCUCCUCUGGCCUUUGCGGAGCUGAUGGGGGAGCCGGGUCGACCGGCGUGGGCGUUCUGGGAGCUGCUGAAACGGAUGGUGGGAAAAUCCGAGCACACCAUGCCUGCUAUCUUCCUGGCCCUCUUCGAGAAGACCCACCUGUCCAAGCCAUCGCCUUUCAUCAUCCAGCAGAAGGAGGCGCUGCAGAAGAAGAUGGAAGAGCUGCUGGGCACCGACGGGGUGUUGCUUUACCCGCCUCACCCCCGAGUGGCACCCAAGCACCACCACCCGCUCUUCAGACCCUUUGACUUCACCUACACAGGUAUCCUGAACAUCCUCGGGCUGCCGGUUACCCAGUGUCCUCUGGGGCUUGGUGAGGAGGGUCUUCCUCUGGGCGUGCAGGUCGUGGCCGGGAAGCUGCAGGACCACCUAACCCUGGCUGUGGCCCUCUACCUGGAGAAGACCUUCGGAGGAUGGAGGGACCCCGGAGGGAAGUGAAGCCCCUCCGCCGACGGACUGACGGUGCGUUGAUGGGAGAGCUGCCGUCUCCUGGUUCUGCCUCGUCGCCCUGCAGCAGCAAGCGACCGACAGAGAACCCGAAGCAAGUUUGGUACUAAUAAGGAAAAACUC